AAAGGAUUCGGAGAGUCUUCGGUGAGUCUUCCCCCCAUCCCCUCCCUCUCCCCUUGCCACCACAUCCACUCACCCACAGGCAGGCAGGCAGGCUGGCUUGUUAUGUGUGUCUAGGUAGGUAGGUAGGUAUAGGCAGGCAGGCAGUCAGUAGGUAGGUAGGUAGUCGGCUGUUAUGGUACACAAACAGUAUGUAUGCAUCUCAGGCAGUCAGUGAGUGAGUCAGACAGUCAGUCAGUGGUAUUAAACUCCUCUUCUUUCGUCUCGGGACCCAUAGAUACGAUAGAUAGAGAUGGCGGGCGGCGCUGGCUGGCUGGGCACACGACACGACAACUCUCCUGAUUUGAUGGGAUUGACUCGGGGGGUGUGAAGGGGUGGUACGUAUCGGAUCUAUCUGACUACAGAGAAAGAGGGCGGCCGCCCCGCCACGCCUCCACCACACCAUUGCCGCCUUGUCUGCCUGCCUGUCUGCCUGCCUGCCUUGUGCUUACGCAAACAAACAACCCACUCACUCACACACAAACACGCGAUUCAUACACACGAUGCAAGUAUGUUUGUAUGUAUUAGCCAGCCAGCCAGCCAGCCAGAGAGACGGAAGGAAAAACACCCAGCUGCUCAUCCAUCCAACCACUCAUCCACUCACCACUGCAUGCGAUCCACCUCUCUCCUCCACUCAACCACUCACUCAGUCAGUCUACGCACCACCGAACCAAACCAAAAACAAAAUACCGCCGGCGUCUUUCUUUCUCCACCAUCCAUCUAUCCACUCGUCCGUCCAUCCAUCCAGCGCUUUUCACUCGCCGUCCUGCGCCUGUGAGGGUCUGCCCUGGGCCGUCUGCGGCACAAACGGCUGUGGCGGCACCAUGUAGUAGGUCGGCCAGAGGUGAGGGUGCGGCGGGAACGGCGCACGGGGGUCGAACCCCAUGGCGGGGGCCACGGGACGGGCUGGCGGCUGCUGGCGGGCGGCCGCCGGCUGCCGCGGGGGAGGCUGCACCGACGCCGCGAUCAGACCCACCGGCUGGGGAAAGGUCAUGAAGUGGGUGAAGUGCUGCGGGGCUAUCGCAGGGACGGGUUGACCUGACGCAGACGACGCAAACUCACCACCUCCUGACCCAACCUGAAACAAAGAAAGAAAGGGACAGCCGACAGGACAGACACACAAGGAGGGAGGGAGGAUAUGUAUAUGGCCAGCCAGCCCAUUAUCGCAUUGAUAUGUCUCUGUCUGUCAGAGUGCCGGGGAGGUUAUAGAUAGGCACCUGUGUGGACUUUCCGGCAGGGGAAUCGCCCUUGGCAGCCGACGCAGCAGCGACAGCGGCAGCAAGAGGCCGCGUACCCACCGCCCCUCCUCGCCCCUUGCCACCUCGUCCAGCCGGCGCACGAAGACCUCCGUCGGCCAUGAAGUGCAGCGGUGCUGCGAGUGGGUGCUGGGGCGCUGUGGUGGGCGGCUGGUAGGGCUGCGACCGCUUGGCCUUGCUCUUGGGCGACCCUCGAGUGGCCGCAUAGGUGGGAGGGUGGCUCACUUGACUCACCUGAGCCCCCAUCUGCAGAGACGACGCCUGGGCAGCAGCCGAUGACGUCUGCACGCCAGCCAGGGCCGGAGCCGGGCCGCGCAGAGGCACCUGGGGGGCCGCCACUGUGGCAACAGGCGCAGGAGGACGCGAGUACACAGCCUGUGCGGGUGAAGCCACGCCGUUAACCAAACCGAGACUCAGGCUGCUCGCGGGGCCCGACAUGGCGAUGGACGGCUGCAGCUGCUGGGCGGGGGGAGUCGACCCAGAGAUGGCAGAACUGUUGACGGCACGUGAGGCAGCGGGGCGGCUGGCAGGGGCAGCCACGGUCGCCACAGUGGCAGCGAAAGUCGCCGACGUGAUCUGUGGCUGCGACAGCGCAACAACGAGCGGCUGUGAGGGCGCGACGAUGUCAGCAAUGGGCUGGAGAGAAGACGGUAGGGGGCCCUGAAGGAGUGCCGGUGCAGGAGGUGGCAGUACGGGAGCAGGUGCGGGAGGGGCCGGCUUGUCCUCCUUCUCGAUGGUGGGUGGCAGCGAGUCCGACACGGGCGGAGUGGGGGGCGACUCCGGUGCCUUGGGGAGCAUCUCGGGACACAACUCUGCAACAAUCUCGUCUGUCAUAAGAUGAGAUCAACACAGAGAGACGAAAGGGCGAGACGAAUGAUGCAUGGCAUGAGGUACUCCUCCUCCUUGUGGCGUCUGGCUGCAGCUGCACUACCUACCGAGUUCUGGUCGUCUGUCUUCCUUGAGGUCGUCCCGGUGCUCGGCGAGCCACCUGGAGAGGUAGGUGCGGGCCUUCUUGCUGAUGUUGCGCCUCUUGGCAGUGAUGUAGUCAAGCACCAGAUUGAGACACCCCGCUGUGCCGUGCUCCUUGUUGGGCAGCAUGUUGGCCAACGGCUGGGGCGGGCCGGUCUGCUUGGCGGGAUAACCCUGACAGACAGACAGACAGUCACACACAGACAGACACCCACACACGUAAGUAACAUCCACGCCUGCCUGCCUCUGUGUUGGAUGCACGCACGCACCUUCCACUUGCACACGAGCUGGAUGACUUCCUCUCCGUUGACCGUGGCUGGCUUGUGGUUGAGAAUCUUCUCAAUGUCGAGGAACUCGCCAAGUGGCGCAGUCACUGCCGCUGCUGCAGCACCUGCACACCACACACAGACACACACAGACACAUACAGAGGAUGAGUGCGCACCGGGCUGCAUCCAUCCAUCGAUCUCCCUGACUAACCCUUCUUCUUGGUUGUCUUGGUGGUGGCCUUGCGCGUCGUCUUCUUCUUGUGGCCUCCAUUGCCGCCCUUCUUCUUUUUGUUGCCCACCGGCGCGUCAGACAACACACCCGCAUCGCCACCAUACGCCGCCGAUGCAUGGGCCGACGUCGCAGACUUACGGUUGCGGGCAGCCUGACAGACAGAGAGAGAUGAAGUAGCGCAGACAGACAGACAAGACAGACAGACCGACAGACAGGUCCAUCCAUGUGUCUGUCGACCCUGUCUGUCGUGAGACUACGGGUGUAGUGUACUUUGGUGGGUCUGGCGUCGGUGUCGCUGAGCCCAUCGGCAGGGUUGGUGCGCGAGUGCUCGGCGCAGAGGAACUCCUUGGUGCGGAUGCGCCCGGCGCCGCGAAAGGCUGUGGAUGAGAUCGUCUCCAAACCAUGCUGCACACACACAAGUUGGGAGGGCACACACGCGUGUGGCUUGUCUGUCUGUGUGAUGGUUUGAUUGCUGGCUGGUGGGUGUGUCGGCCACUGACCAGUCGUGCGCACGUGACGUGGAAUCGUGUCUUGCAUCCUUCUCCGGCGCACUCGGCGGUGAAGCCGUUGUUGCUGUUGCAGAAGAUGCACCCGUCGCCCUCCAUGGGGAACUCGGCCGACUCCGCCGUGGCGGGGAUCACCAAACGACCAUUCUGCACUCACAGACAGACAGGAGGCACACAAACACACACAGCGCGGCACGCCGUGAGAUAGAUCAACACGCUGGUCUGUCUGGUCACACGUGUGUGUGUUUCAUUCUCACCGUGCCCUGCUCCAACUCAAGACCGCUCUCCGUAUACAACACACCUGAACCGUCAACAACAGCAGUUUGCAAAUGGACGGUGAGUGAUGGGCGCAGGCAGCCCAUCCCUUCCCCCGGUGUGUGCAGGUCUGUGCAGGUCCCCCACUGCAGGGCAGGGCUUACAUGAAACAUGAGCCCAAUCAGGGUCCCUUGUGGCCUUGAGCGCCCCGCCCUUGUGGCCACACAAGCAACACUUCGGCCCCCCGUCCCCGUCGGCGGCGAUGGCGGCCCGCAGCUGUUCGGCGGCCGCAUCGCUCAUGUCACCCCCCAGACAUGCGAUCGAUCCCCCAGGGAUGCCCGGCGGACUGUCGCCCAAAGCGCAGGGGUCGCACAGCCAGGGCACGUGCGCCUGAGACGAUGACGUGCCCAACGAAUUGUCCCUCGGGACGCCGUAGCACGAUGUGUGCACCGUCACGCCACACCUAAAGGGAUGGGUCAACCAUGGAAUGGAGGGAUGGAUCAGACACGCGCCAUGCGCAAAUGAACGUCUCCCUCUCCCUCUCUCUCUCUCUCUCUGGCCUUGGUUCCUUACUUGUAGCACGUGACCCCUGACUUGACGUCGACCCUCUCGGCGCACACCGCACAGCAGCCCGCCGGCACCCCAGUCAACGGGUCGACCCCCUCCUUCUUGCUCUUGGUUUCCGCAGCAGCGCGGUCCCGCUUCCUUGGUUGAGCGACAGGUGGCACAGGGGGCGGGGCCAUCGAGACGUCCACCACUGGCUCUGACGGCCGCCGGCUGCGUGUCGACAGCGCGGGGCCCAACGAGUAGCCGUUCAUGAGAGAUGGAGCAGGUGACGCUGGGAGAGGGGCGGCAGCGGCCGCAGCAGCUGCUGCUGCAGCAGCCACGGCCUGGCUGGCGCGCUGUCUGGCGGCGGCCUGUCGGGCGGAUGGUGUGGGGGACUUGGGGGCCUUUUGCCGCGACUUCUUGACGGUGCUGGCUCCGGUGGGCCGGCCUCUCCGCCGUGGCGACUGCGACUCCUCGGCAAUAUCGGCGGCCGCCAGUUUUGCCACGGCCGCAGCAGCCACCGCAGCAGAUCGGGCGCGUCGCUGGGGAGAUGGCGUGGGCAGGACGUCCUGCAGGAGCAUGUCGAAAUCGCCGCUGCCCUCGUCUCCCUUGCGCGUGAAGCGUCCGUCAGAUCCCCUGGGAGGGUCCCGCAGCUUGCCGCCGGCGAAUCUGGGUGACUUGGCCACAGCCGCCUUGCGGCGGGUGGGCCGCGAUCGGCCGCCGGGAGGGACAUAAUCGAGCUCGGCCAUGGCCAUGUGCUCUCCGCUGAAGUCGACAGUCGACUCACGCUUGCGCAGGUUCAUGCGAUGGGUCCUGCCGCUGCUGCCGUCAGAACGAGGCGUCUGCAGGAAGGAAGGAAAGAUGCACACACAGUGGAUGCAGCGAGGAUGGAUGGGUGGUAUCUGUCGUGUGUGGAGGGUAGGGUGAGGCCUCAGGUGACUGAUCGAUCUGUCUGACUGACCUCUCCAGUGAUGCCGUCCCCCCUGCCCUGGAUAGACAUCUCCGACUCGGCGCGGUUGAAGUCGAGGGUGGAUCCGAGCGCCUUGAUGACCUUCUGUUUCUUGAGCUGACGUCGCUUGUUCUCGUGAUGCGCCCAGUAGGCACGAUACAGAGGCCGCCCACGGCCGCGGAAACGAGUCGCCCAGUACUGAACAGAUAGAUAGAUGCACGACACGACACACACGACAGCAGGAUGAGCGCUCCACGUUUGUGUCUGCGUGUGUGUGUGGGUGUGCUGCCUCUUUCCCUCCCGCCCUCUUCCUCUCGCCCAGCCCACCUUAUAGACGAUAGAUGCUGCUUCUUUCGAAAGGCUGAGUGGGUAGUUCUGGGGCAUGGGGGGGUAGUCGUCGGCAUUCAGGGGGUCAGUCACGGUGUACUUGGCGGCCUGGGCAGCAGACGUACUGCCUGACUCGGGCGGCACACCGUCGGCCGUGUCCGUCGUCAAGCCCAACUCCUUGGCCGCAGGUCCAGUGAGCACAGCCAUGCCUGAACAGAACCGCAACAUACACACAGACAUCUCGGUCGGCAAGGUAAGGUGUCAGGGUACAGUGGGAGUGUGUGUUGGUAUAGGAUGCGUCAGGUGUGUGCGGUUUGUACCGAAUUCACACUUCUCGAUAGACGCAGCUGGUGUGGGUUUGCCACUGUAGAAGAAGGCACGCUCAAGCAACUCUAUCGCAGCACCAAAGUCAGCCUGACCACAACACAACAAUCGGUGACCGAUAGUCAGGUGCAGUGCAUCAAUCCACCCAUCCCUCCCUCCCUCCCUGUGUGUCCAGUCCACCCUGCUCCGCUCACCUCCGUGGGCUUGGAAGGUGUGUCCUCGUCAGGCACCUCGUCCAGGAUGGCAUGCACCUUGUCAAACCAGGGCGCCCCCCAGCCGGCCCUCUUGUCGUCCUCCAGGUCGCCCCUCAUGGACAUGGGCGACAGAGGGCUGUUGGUCGGCACCGCUGACGACUUCUCCAGCUGCAGCAUGGGUGGCACGAACGAGGGCGGCUGCAUCAUGCCAUCAGAGGGGCCGGGGAGGGGGAGGGGGUGGAAGGGGGGCGAGGGGAUGGUGGAGUUGCCGUUCGCGGCAAGGUCACCGCCCAGCUCGCUGGGCGGUGAAGUGAUGGCCGGGCCGCCGUUGAGCGUCCCAGAGGGGUGGAGGGAGGGGGGAGGGGCGUCCAGAUCCAUGGGACCACUGGCACCGCUCUUCUUGUCUUCCUCUGGAGGGUCGUCGGACUCUCUGUCGGACUUCUUGGGCGGCGGGAGCAUGAAGCCGUGCUGGGCGGCAUGGAGAGAGGACUCCGUGGCCUUGGUGUCCUCCUCCUUGGCCGAGUGCGACGGCUCCGACUUGACGAGUGCGUCCGGGGGAGGCGGGGGGAGCAGGGGACGCACUUUGUUGUCGAGCUUCUCCUGCCAGAGGUCCAGAAAGUGGACGUCCUCCACCGAGAGGUCAUAGAAGACGCUGCGCUUCGGGGGAAGUGACUGGCAUAUCGCGUGACGACUGCACACACAAGGACACACACAACCAGACAUGUGCACAUGCACCCUGCUCGAAACUCGGCACUCGGGGAGGGUGAGAGAAGCCCUUGCUGACUGACUGUCCGAGUGCAUGCAGGCCAAGUUCGCCGUGUCAAUCCCAUGUCUCCCUGCCCCAAGCUCACUUUCCGACACAGAAGAACUGGAUCCUCUCAGCCGGCCGGUCCCACUUGUCAUAGAAAAGUGGGUCGUCAGUCAACUCGACGUGUACAGGUACAGGAAUGUUGGUCUUCUUUCGGGUCGCACAUGACAGGGCGUCCUUGGACGAGGUGGCGUGCCUGCCCUCAAAGAGCCGAGAAACAUCUAUCUCGCUCCGAAUCACAGGAAGCUCCAAAUUCUGAGACCGGUAGGAAAGCCAAUCACGCGACACAACGGACUCGACCAUUCGUAGGAUUUCCUACCUUAUUGAACGUUCUCCGGUUCUUGGAGGUCGUAGACGCCAUCAGGGACGAAGGAGACUACCGGGACGAGCCGAGAAGGGCGAGAAAAGGCGUGGGACUUCAGCUCGCACUCCCGCACUAUUUGGCAUCCUUCGGGAGCUCGUGCUCUCCUCUCUCCAUAUAUCGGUUCUGUUGGAGCUCACCCAACCUGUCUCAGACACAUUUCGGAGCUCACACUUCGGGGUGCUGUUUCCCUG